GCAGCAGGGCAGGAGGUUUCCAUAUUUCUGCAUGAUAUAAAUUCUGUGUGGUUGACUGCAGACUGUCUGAAUCCAGGAACUCUAGACUUUCAAUUCGUCACUAAGACAGAAAAGUACCUAGAUGAUAACAUAUUUCCUGCUGGGACUAGAGAAGGGAACUUAAAGAGGGGAUGGGACUACUGUGGUGGUUGAUGAGUCUGUACUUCUAUGGGAUCCUGCAGAGUCAUGCCUCAGAACGCUGUGAUGACUGGGGACUAGAUACCAUGAGACAAAUCCAAGUGUUUGAAGACGAGCCAGCUCGCAUCAAGUGUCCCCUCUUUGAACACUUCUUGAAGUACAACUACAGCACGGCUCAUUCCUCUGGCCUUACCCUUAUCUGGUACUGGACCAGGCAAGAUCGGGACCUGGAGGAGCCCAUUAACUUCCGCCUCCCAGAGAAUCGCAUCAGUAAGGAGAAAGAUGUGCUCUGGUUCCGGCCCACCCUCCUCAAUGACACGGGCAAUUACACCUGCAUGUUGAGGAACACCACAUACUGCAGCAAGGUUGCAUUUCCCCUGGAAGUCGUUCAGAAGGACAGCUGCUUCAAAUCCUCCAUGAGACUCCCAGUACACAAACUGUAUAUUGAACACAGUAUUCAUAACAUCACGUGUCCAAAUGUAGAUGGAUACUUUCCUCCCAGUGUCAAACCAACCGUCACUUGGUAUAAGGGUUGUACUGAAAUAGUGGAUUUUCAUAAUGUACUACCUGAGGGUAUGAACUUGACCUUUUUCAUCCCCUUGGUUUCAAAUAAUGGAAAUUAUACAUGUGUUGUUACAUAUCCUGAAAAUGGACGCCUAUUUCACCUCACCAGGACUGUGAGUGUAAAGGUGGUAGGCUCGCCAAAAGAUGCAUUACCACCCCAGAUCUAUUCUCCAAAUGACCGUGUUGUCUAUGAGAAAGAACCAGGAGAGGAGCUUCUCAUCCCCUGUAAAGUCUAUUUCAGUUUCAUCAUGGACUCCCACAAUGAGAUCUGGUGGACCAUUGAUGGGAAGAAGCCUGAGGACAUCACUGCUGACAUAACUACUAAUGAAAGUGUAAGUUAUUCAACAACAGAAGAUGAAACAAGGACUCAGAUUUUGAGCAUCAAGAAAGUCACCCCUGAGGAUCUCAGGCGCAACUAUGUCUGUCAUGCUCGAAAUACCAAAGGGGAAGCCGAGCAAGCCGCCAAGGUGAAGCAGAAAGUAAUACCACCAAGGUACACAGUGGAACUUGCCUGCGGUUUUGGAGCCACCGUCUUUCUGGUGGUGGUUCUGAUUGUGGUCUACCAUGUUUACUGGCUGGAAAUGGUCCUCUUUUACCGGGCUCAUUUUGGAACAGAUGAAACAAUCCUUGAUGGAAAGGAAUAUGACAUUUAUGUUUCCUAUGCAAGAAAUGCUGAAGAAGAGGAGUUUGUGUUGCUGACGCUCCGUGGUGUUUUGGAGAAUGAAUUUGGAUACAAGCUGUGCAUCUUUGACAGAGACAGCCUGCCUGGGGGAAUUGUCACAGAUGAGACCUUGAGCUUCAUUCAGAAAAGCAGACGCCUCCUGGUUGUCCUAAGCCCUAACUACGUACUCCAGGGAACACAAGCCCUCCUGGAGCUCAAGGCGGGCCUAGAAAAUAUGGCCUCCCGGGGCAACAUCAACGUCAUUUUAGUACAGUACAAAGCUGUGAAGGACAUGAAGGUGAAAGAGCUGAAGAGGGCUAAGACGGUGCUCACGGUCAUUAAAUGGAAGGGGGAGAAAUCCAAGUAUCCACAGGGCAGGUUCUGGAAGCAGCUACAGGUGGCCAUGCCAGUGAAGAAGAGCCCCAGGUGGUCUAGCAGUGACAAGCAGGGUCUAUCCUAUUCAUCCCUGAAAAAUGUAUGAGAGGGUAAAUGAAGGAGUAAAAAGAACAAAUGGGCUCAUGGAAGGAAGAGCCCCCUUCUUUCCUCCCAGGCUGUGGUUUCAUAGGAAAAAAAAAAAGAAUCCUGUCUAAGCCCUCAUACAAAAACAUCCUAGGGACUGUAUGGCUGGCUGUUCUGCUUCUCGGGCAAUCCUAAGAGUUAGAGUGAUGUUCUCUGUGGUCUGUCAGCAGUUCUAAAGCCAUUAUGAUCUUUGCAAGUAAAGAUGUGUCCAAUACAUCCUCCAUUUCCGUUACUCCCUCUAUUUUAAUCUCUUUGUAAAAAUUUCACCACUAUGGAGCCACUUUGCCCAUUGACUCGAAACUCCUCUAAAGGUAUGUUACCUGCUGACAGAAAUAUUACCUGCUUCUCAGUUGGAUUUUCCUUGAAUUUUAUUUUAUUUUCAGUUGUCCAUUAGACAUAUAAUCAGGCAUUAAAUAUAUUUCAACUGGGGAUACUUCACUCCUUUGCUCAUUUGUGUAUGGGAUCCACCACCUCAGCAAGAUGAACAGUCAAACUACAGCUGUUCCUCAUGACUGAUUAAGUGGUUUACUGCUUCCCUGCUACUAAAUCACAUUUGCCCUCAUCUCAGGUAAUGGAUGUCAUAUUUAUAAACUUGAAAAAGGUAUGGCUUUUGUUUUACUAUAGUAACUUCUCAACGGUACACAGAUAGCUAGCUCCAUACUCAUCAUUGCAUCUCACUACCUAUUGUAUCCGUCAUCCACACUUCACAGGUGGCACCAAGCUUUUAAUGGUGCUAAUGGAAAGUGAGAAAACAUCAAAAUGCUCUCAGGGCGUUUUGACACCAGAAGAGAGCACCUAACAGGAUGCUUGUAAUUUGUCUUUUAAUUCCAACCUUACUAAUGUGAAAAACUAGGAAAGUGGUUAAUCCUCACUCAUUCCCACCUCUUCAUUAUGAAGUGGAGUCCAGAGGUGGUGAUUUUCCUUUUGGCAUUACUAUUCUAAAAGAAUGACCACUUCCAAUAAUUUAUUCACGAGUACCUUGUUCCAAAUGAAUCACUCUGAAAGCCACUGUUGAUGUAACUGGGUUUUAUCAGUUUUAAGCAGAAUUUUACUAUUCCUCAGGAUGGUAAAAGUAAAAACUAAGUACAACAUUUACCUUUGGAGUGGCCAGUUUCUACAUCAUGUCUAACAUGUGUGUAUACAUAUAUGUAUACAUAUACACAUAUAUGAUCUCUGUACAUGUGAAUUUUAUGUGUGUAUGUAUAUAAAAUUAUCACAAAUUAUGUGUAUGUGUGUAUAUCCACUUGACUAUAAAUUAUCUGUGUGUGUGUAUUUGGGGCUAUACAUAAUCACACACGUACACCUUUAAAUACCCAUCGGUACAAUAUUAACAGCCAGUAGAAUUCUUGUCCACUUUUAAAGUUAUGUUUAUAGCGUAAUGGUUUUGUGUUGGUGUUUUCAUUCCAUUACUGUUCUGCUGUGAAUUCUUGCUUCUCUGCAUAUAGUUAUCAAAGUUCUUGCUUCCACUGGAUUGCUAUAAAUGACUUGCUGUUUCUACAGUUGAUUUGGGUUGCAGGGGUAUCCCUUGUCCAUGGACAUCCCAUUGUCAAGGCUCAAUAGCAGACAGUCACCUGAUAUUAGUUGAUUUUCUACUAUAUUUCCUGCAGACACAUUUAGAGUCUAAGUUAUGUUAAUCUAGGUGCUCAGCUGUGUGGACUGUUGAGUGAUGAGGAAAAACAGAUACAGCUAUAAGUGAGUCUGAGUAUGCUAUGAAACAUCAGUCAUAAUUUAAGGAACACUUUAUUCAAGUUGUGUUAAUGUUAACAAACAAUUCUAAAAUUAUCUCUUACUGUAAAGUGUUCAUCAGUAAUGUUGUCCACAAUAAAUCAUUGCUUUGUUCUAGAAUUAUUAAUUACUCUACAUUGAAAAGAGUUCCCUGUGAAUCCUUGACAUACCACUAUAAUAUGUAGUCAUUCUUGCAUCUAACAUUUUAAAAAGGUUAAUACUUUUCGUUAUUUCAAAUAAUUAGCAUUUCCACCAAUAACCUUUUAAUCACAGUACCAGACAAAAGCUGGCUCCAGAUAAGCUUUGUGUGCUACUUCUGCCAUGAGCUGUAGGCCAGCAAGGGUCAAGCUCCUCACCACAGGCCAUUCUCUGCACUGUGUAGUAUUUGCACUGUUGGACUCCACAUUCAUCCCAACUGCUAUUCUAUGACCCCAGAAAUGCCUCCAUAGUUUUCUAUUUAUAUCCCUCUUUAUUAUACCGAGCCUACUCCAGUGCUAUAGUAUAAAGCAUAGCGAAUCUAAAUAAUGUAUCCCAUCCUAAGUGAACUUAACUCCAAGACUCUUGUCUGCAUUUCAGAAGAUGCUCCUUACAGAACAGAAGAGGGAGGAGGGGAUCACACACUUGUAUUCCAGAGGACAAGAAAACACAUUAUGGCUCUUUUGAAAAAAAAAUCCCCCAUAGUCUUAGAUUUAUGAUAAAGGGAACUUCUGCACCAAGAAUCAUGUGUAUAGAGUGUCUACUUACACAGCCACAUGUGAUUUAUUUAAUUCUCUUUUGUACCUUAGAUGAGUCCCUGGGAUUCUAAUAAAAAAUAUUGUCUUAUACUGGGAAACAAAACAUCACUCCACUUGUUACUUACGCAUCUGUUUCCAUAGGUUUUAGUACUUUAAGACCGUCUUUUUAAUUUUAUUCAUAAACAUUUGUAUUUUCCAUUUUCAUUUGAUUUGUAUAUUUACAUAUUUUUUACAAUAAACCAUUUAUUUUCACCUUUGAA